UAUUUCUCUCCCUCUUCUCGCUUUCCCUCUCCCAUUCCCUUCUUCGUCUCCUCCUACUCGCCUCUUACCCAUGGCGAAGCCUCGGCCGGCGAAGCGAAUCCUAGACUCCUAUACGAUCAAAGGAUCCAACAAAACCAUCAAGCCCGGGGACUGCGUGCUGAUGCGGCAGCCGGAUUCGUCGAAGCCGCCGUACGUGGCGAGGGUGGAGAGCAUCGAGGCGGGGUCGCGGGGCUCCAACGUGAAGGUGAGGGUGCGGUGGUACUACCGGCCGGAGGAGUCGAUCGGGGGGCGGCGCCAGUUCCACGGGGCCAAGGAGGUUUUCCUCUCCGACCACUAUGACGUCCAGAGUGCCGACACCAUCGAGGGCAAGUGUUUCGUUCACAGCUUCAAGAACUACACCAAGCUCGACGCUGUCGGCAACGAAGAUUACUUUUGCCGGUUCGAGUAUAAGUCGGCGACUGGUAGUUUCAUUCCCGACAGAAUCGCCGUGUUUUGCAAGUGUGAAAUGCCUUACAACCCUGAUGACCUUAUGAUCCAGUGUGAGGGCUGCUCUGACUGGUACCAUCCUGCUUGUAUAGAUAUGACUGUUGAGGAAGCUAAGAAGCUUGAGCACUUCUUCUGUCAAAGUUGCUCCUCUCAAAAUGAAAAGAAGACAGAAGAUUCUCAUAGUGCUUCGAGACAAUUGGAAUCAAAGGUUGAAUCCAAAAGGCGGAGAAGGUGAAUAACACAACAGAUGCCCAUAUGUUUUAUCCAAGGGGUUGUAUAGAGUGGUCUGCCAGUUUUCAGUUAUGUAAAUGUUCAGAUGACUGUUGUAUUCUAGAGGUUACAUGGGGCUCUUGUCAGUCCUUGUAGAGCAUGUAAUAUUUGGCAUCCUUCAGUUAUGGAAGAUUGAAGAGAGCUGUCUGGUCUCAUCAAAUAUUUGUAUAUAUUUAUUGGGCUUGCAUGAUAUCGUCAGAUACAUGUUUAAAAGCGCUCAAACAUGGCAUUGUAGAGUCAUUGUAGAUUAUGCAUUUGCUCCCCAUCAAGUCAAGCAACAAUAAGAGCUCUAUUAAGUCUUCUUAGAUGCUUUCA